UACUAAAAAAAUUUGUAAACAAACAUACGUUUUUAUCAAGGGCAACCACUCUUGCAGUUGCUAUAUUAAAGUAAAGAGACAAAGCGAGGAACUCUAGAGACGGCUAGAUUCGCGGAGGUAGGUGUUGAUUGUUGUGACAGGAUUUAAUGUACAAGAACAGGACCAGACUGUGAAGAUCUAACGUCCAUACAGUGUCAGUACUUAGUGAGUUUAUCGUAUAAUAUCGACGUCCCGGACUUGGCCUAAUCUGCUAAUUUUUUUGUGGUAGGACUAAUUAACGAUCGGUGCUCCUUGGACUAAUCUGAUCUCUAAGAUAACAAAUUCUUGCAGUCCUUCCCCUCCAAACGAAAAUCUAUCAUCGACUGAUUGAGAUCAAAUCGCACAAAAUCUGACUGACGAUGUUUGGCCUGGAAACUUUUGCCGCGGUCUUCCUGUUCUUUCUGGAGUGUUAUCACGUGUGUAGUCAUCUCAACGUGCUCUUUCGGAUCCGACUACUUCCGCGUAAAGAUCUAGUCCGGAUCCGUUUCUACUUUCUGUUUGACCUGAUGACGGUGUUUUGUUCUUCCUUCCUCUUUCUCCAGAGACUUCGAUGGCUGGCAGCGAUCCAGAUUGUCCAACACAUGUACUACUUCCUCUUUUGGGAGAAAACAAAACCUGCCAAAAAGAUCGUAAGUUGGAGUUCCUUGGAUUGGACAGCUAGUCAGUAUAAAGAAGAAUGGCACUUUGACUCCAUUUUAGGGACGGUUUUUGACAUAGCUGUUCAUGGCAGCAUGGCUUUCUGUCUUGGCCAGUAUCUGUCCACGGCGCAGAUAUUCAUCAGCCUCUUCCUAGUUCAAUGCUCGCUACUGGCUGUUUUAUGCGGGCCGUGGUUCGCUUGGAGCUGCCCAUGGGCGGCUCCCAAGUGGGUGCAGAAAAGGAUCCGCCCCCUAAGUGAGGAGGAGGUUCGUCUUGGUCUCGGGAAAAAAAAUUAAUGGUCAUCUGUUUUAGAAACUCUUGAGGGCCAAAUUACACGGGGUCAGAUUCAUUGAAAUCAUUUCGAAUAAACUUGACCCUGCUAUUUUCUCUAAUCACGUUUACACAGCAAUAGUUCAACAUAUUCUUUAGACCGAUAUGAAUAUUUAUAGUAAUAAUACAAUACCCCCCCCCCCCCAUGUAUUUUGUUAAUACAAGUAUUGAUGCGGUGUUUAUGAUAUAUUGAAAUAGCCCAGAGUUAGACUCCAGUUGUAAGUAAAUUUUGUGGCCGGCUCUUAAUAUCAUUCAUGGUAACAAAAAAUGACUUGAUUUAGAAUCGCGAGAUAAGAUUGUGUAAAAUGUUUUCAAUGAACUAUAACUACCUAUCUGUUGUCCAAUCACAAUGCACUGCUCUGUACAGCAAUUUAUUUUGUCUUGUUUACAGGAAUUCAUAUCAUGAAACUGAUGUUUAGGUUUUCUUUAAGGUUCAGAUUUUGAACUUUGUAGUUUUAUACGUAUUUAUAAUGUCUGUACUUUAGUCAGAUUGAGGAAUUAUUGUCAUGAAACUGAUUUUUAAUUUUUGUUUAAGAUGGACUUAAGAUUUUUAACACUAUGCAUUGUAGCUAAGUAUUGCAGAGGAGGUGUAAUUUUGCGCUCAUACUUGCAGUCAUAAUACCCCCCCCCCCCCUAAAGAAGUCUAUCAAAUACCUAUGCACUUCAGAUCGUGUGAUUUCAUUUGAAUUAUCUGUAAUAUAUACAGUGGCGGAUCUGUAGGGGAGGUAUGGUACAUUUUUAACAAAAUAGGUCACUUUUUGUUGCAAUUUUGAGAUCUUCAUCCCCUUUCUUUUUCGAACGGAAAAGGUACAUCUCUGGAUCACAAGCCCCCUUUGAAAAUUUUCUUGACCUUUCCCAGAUGUAAAAGCUAUAAAGUCGCUCAUUUUCGCGGGGAGUUGAAUUUCCGUGGUGUGAAAAUUUUGAUAUUGAAAGACGAGAGAUAGAAGUUAUCUUGAUUUUUUUUUUUUUUUUUUUUUUGUAUUUCAUGUCCCGAGUAUUUCCACGGUAUGAAAUCACUUGUAGAUAGACCCCCGCAAAAUUUAGCAGCUUUUCCGUUUAAAUUCGAUUAAAUGUGAGUCUUAUGAAAGUAUUAAUGUUCUAAGUUGCUAAAUAUCAAAAUAUCAGUAUUAUUGAAUUGGUACGGAUUGGGGCUCCGUCCGCUAAGUAUGAUUUUGGCUAGAUUACCAUCUAGUCACGUGAUUGUUAUAAAUUUUCAGUAUCCACAUGUGAGCUCUCGUUGCUAUGAUUGUAUUUUAUUGUUUUGAUUGUCUUUUAUUGUUAUUAUUGUCUGAGGUGGUUGUUUAGAAGUGUUUGACCGUUUCUGAAAUACAUAAGAUGAUUACAGAAGUUCCUCGAGCCUCCUUUCACCGGUACUGUAUUGAACGGACGCGUAAUUAAUACUUCAUGUAUAUAGAACGGAGUGAGUAAUUAACACUACAUGUAUAUAGAACGGAGUGAGUAAUUAACACUACAUGUUUAUAGAACGGAGUGAGUAAUUAACACUACAUGUAUAUAGAACGGAGUGAGUAAUUAACACUACAUGUAUAUAGAACGGAGUGAGUAAUUAACACUACAUGUAUAUAGAACGGAGUGAGUAAUUAACACUACAUGUAUAUAGAACGGAGUGAGUAAUUAACACUACAUGACAUAUAGGCUGGUGGGAAAAGGGUCGAGGUAUAUCAUUUCAUAUACUUUUAAAAACGGAAAGACAUUUCUUAUUCUUAUAUUGAAAUCAUUUGAAUUUCGUUUUAAUGAUAAACCCGUGUUCAACUCUUCAAUUGUAUUCAUGCGUAGUGAUUAGCCCAUUUUAAAAGUUGGAAUUUUUUUUUCAGAAAUUAACUUUCAGUUUCAGUUAGUGUCAUUGGAGAAGUGAUGAAUGUAAAUAUUUCUGUAUGUUAUAUGUUGUAUUUUGAUAUUGAUUAUUCACUGUCAUUCUAGUGGAUCAUGUAACUUUCCUAUCUUGACCACCCAGUGAAAUUUACAACAGGGCACUCCCAAUAUUUAGUAAUUUACUUUGUACUGAAUUUAAGACCAUAGUCUUUUAUUCCCUGUAUUAUUAUAAAAACUGUUUUCUGGUAAAUUAAGGAGCUAUGGUUUGUGCCAUUUCGUCACGUUUAUUGUGAGGAAUUUAUUGCAAGAGUUUGUCUGAUCCUGUUUUGAGCGUUGUAUACGAUGUUAUAUUCCGUAUCGUGCACGCGAAUUGACACUUCGUUGUUGUAGUUUUAAUGUACUAUUAUGCACCAAUUCUAACAAUUUUAGAAUGUUCCUUUUUGUCUGAGAAUAUUACAAGUUAAUCAGUUGUCUGCGUCAAUACUUGCAUGGACUCGUGAGAUAGACAAGCCAUUACAUCUCGGUCAAUACGACUUUGUGAUUUUUAAAGUGAACAUAGAAUACAUUUGCAUUAGUUAGAAUUUUUUACUCGGUUAAAAUGCAUUACAAAAUCUAGUCGCUAUUUUGAAUUGUAUAUAUAUUAUUUCAUUUUUAUCUGGCGUAUAUAAGCUGAACUGUAUCUCUAUAUCUGCACUCGUGGUUGAGUUCACCUCUCUACCCAUAAAACCUCGUCAAUGAUUGAUAUGCAUUCGUCAUUUCAUUGCAGUCAUUGUUAAACCUUAAUAAGGUUUAAACAAAUAAGGAUGUGCGUUAUAUGUGUCAGUAUUUGGCUAUAAAAGCAAACACACUGCGAGUCAUCUUGUUUAAGAUACAUUCCUAAACAUCGAAAACAAAACGAGAAGCAUGAAGAGUCAUAUUGUUACCGACUUUCUGAUUGGUCGCAUCUAGCCCCAAAUUUACAUAUUUGCAAUGGCUUUCUGAUUGGUCGCAUACAUUUUUACGAUGGCUUUCUAAUUGGUCGCUUACAUAUUUACGAUGGUUUCACAGCAAACACGAAAGGAAAGAGCAGAUCAGCCAAGGCUAUCUGACAAUGUAGGCUUUUUAUUUUUAUGUAUUUAUGAGCAGAAUGUUCAUUUCUACUUGUCUGUUUUGUUAUAAUAAUCCAACAAAUGUUAUGUUUCUUUUCUGUGAAGACCCAGGGCUAAGGAUAUUUAGGAGGUUGAGGAAUGGUGUUAGAAUGUACAUAUGCAUGUUGCCGUACUGACCCUUGUCAGGAAAUUUGUUGUCCGUGAAAUCAUCUAGGGUUUAACCCUAAACACUAUAUCUCUGUCUUGCUACAUGUAUAUCCUUACAGAACACACAAUUUCCGUUUUGCUAUGUCCUUACAGAACAUUGAACUUCCGUUUUGUUAUAUCCUUACAGAACACUAAACUUCCGUUUUGUUAUCUCCUUACAGAACACUAAACUUCCAUUUUGUUAUGUCCUUACAGAACACCCAACUUCCGUUUUGCAAUGUCCGUAGGACGUGGGCUCCGCAACAUUCAUUGCACAGCUUUUUAUGUUUUACUUGUUCCUUUGUUUUAAGAUGAAAAAUGUUUAUUUACAUUUACAUGACGAUAAAUUUUCCUUUGCUAAAUAUACUAAUUAGCUCGAGGUACGGAGACUAAUUUGUGAAGUAUGUUUGUAAAUAAUUUAUUCCAUUUUAUGUUCAUGACAGGAUGUAAAUAGAUAUAUGGUUUUCAUGUCAGCUGCACAGACAAUGCAACAUUUGUUAACUUUGUUUGUUUUUUCUUCUAAUUGAUUUACUGGUAUGUACUUGAGGUUUGAGUUAAUAAACUUUUCAUUCUCAC